AAGCGGUUGAAAUUGAAACUGAAAAGAAAGAGAGGUGAAACAAGAGCGAGCGAAGGAAGCUUUGUGUGGUGUGAGUUAGAUUCGUUAGAUCAAAGAAGAGAAAUGGAGAUGACAGCACAGCAACUCAGCCAAUACAACGGCACAGAUCCAUCCAAACCCAUAUACGUCUCCGUCAAAGGCCGCGUCUUCGAUGUCACCACCGGUAAAUCAUUCUACGGUCCCGGUGGACCCUACGCCAUGUUCGCCGGCAAAGACGCCAGCAGAGCACUCGCGAAGAUGAGCAAAAGUGAAGAAGACAUCACUUCUUCCCUUGACGGCCUCACUGAGAAAGAGAUCGGAGUUCUCAAUGAUUGGGAGACCAAGUUUAUCGCUAAGUACCCCGUUGUUGCAACCCUACUUAAUUAAUUAUUACUUUAUUCAUCUCUCUGUUAUCACCAAUCAUCAUAUAUUUUGUAUGUUUCUAAUUCUAUGAAUCUGUUGGUUAAUCAUUACCCCCAUCCCAUCCCAUUUGCCCUCAAAGGGGGUUUUGUCUUCAUUUCAUGCAUCUUGCCAAUGUCAAACUAUUUUUCCUAUAUACUUUAAUCAAUAAAUUAACCCUAGCGUGAUUGUUACGGGUUUAUGUA